UCUCUUUUCGUUUUAGCAUCCGAUAUUGUUAAACGUGUCUGUCUAUGCGUGUAUGCGGUAGUUUGUAUCAUUCUCCCACCGGCUAUAUCCCUUCAACGAACCCUUAAGAAAAAAAAACAAUACUUACCAUUCUGCCGCCUAAACCAACAAGUACGAAUGCAUAGGAGGUAUAGUAAUAUACAUCAAACGGGACCAUCAACCGGGCAACCGGGUAAGGGAAGGAAAGAAGUCUCGCUAGAAUUUAUCGGUUGUUUCCAACGGGAGACCGUUGAGCAUGGGCGGGUAGAAUCGAUUUCGCGUGUUUUUGCUUCAUUGAUGUAUCGGAAACAAUGUGGGGCAGGGGUGGUCCAAUAUUUGUUGUUUUAUUGA